AUUGCCGUGUUUGACCCCAAAAGCCAUUUAAGAGAGAGAAUUCCGCAGCAGACAUUCAAGAGCUUGUUUUAGAGAGAGAAUUUGUUAGAGAGAGAAUUUGGAGAUUUGAGAUUUAUUGUUCUAAAUUUGGGGUUUCUAAGUCAAAAUCAACUCAGUUUUUUUUAAAAUAUUUUUUUAAAAAUAUUUUCCAGUGUUCUUUCUCAGUAAUUUCUUAAUCAAAGUUUCAAUUUUGGAUUCUUGGGUAUCUUCAGAACAUCAUAAGAUUUCUGGGUUUAAUUUAUUUUUGUUUUCUGAAUUUAAUUGUGUAUGUGAGUUUCUAGGGAGAGAAAGUGGUAGAUUUUUAGAGAGAGAAAGAGAUGAACAGAGGAAAUGGGGAGAUGAGAAAUGUAAAUAGUGCUAUUGAGACCAUCAACGCAGCUGCUACUGCGAUCGCUUCUGCCGAGUCUCGGGUCCCACCUUCCUCUAUUCAGAAACGAAGGUGGAGUGGGUGCUUGAGCACAUAUUGGUGUUUUGGCUCGCAAAAGAACAGCAAAAGAUUUGGACAUGCUGUCCUUGUCCCUGAGCCAACACCCCAGGGAAACGGAGUUGCUGCUGCACCGCCUGAACAUGCAACUCAACCGCCUUCCUUUAGAAUGCCUUUUGUUGCUCCUCCCUCAUCUCCUGCAUCCUUUCUUCCUUCAGAACCACAAUCAGCACUACAGUCUCCUGCCGCCUCUGUAGGUCUCAACUCUCACUCUCCUAACGUGUACUCUCCUGGUGGACCACGCUCCAUUUUUGCCAUUGGCCCAUAUGCCCACGAGACCCAGUUAGUCACUCCUCCUGUCUUCUCCACCUACACUACCGAACCAUCCACUGCCCCAUUUACUCCACCCCCCGAGUCAGUUCACCUGACAACUCCUUCCUCUCCCGAGGUGCCGUUUGCUAGACUUCUUGAUCCUAUUCACCGUAACGGGGAUGCAGGUCAUAGGUUCCCCCCUUCACAUUAUGAUUUCCAAUCCUACCUUCUCCAUCCUGGAAGCCCUGUGGGCCCCCUCAUUUCACCUGGUUCUGCUGUUUCUGGUUCAGGCACAUCCUCACCCUUUCCCGACCCUUACUUUCCUGAUAUACGGUAUGGAGUCCCUCAGAAGCUGCUAACCCUUGAAAAGGGGCCUAUGCGUGAAUGGGGUUCGCAGCAAGCAUCGGGCUCUGUGACCCCAGAUGCCAUAUGGCCCAAGUCUCGAGACAAAGUCCUUUUGGAUCGACAAGAUUCUGUGGUUUCAUCCCUUCCAAAUAUACCAAAUGGACAUAGAAACAAUGAUUAUCUCGUUGAUCACCGAGUCUCAUUCGAGCUAACGUCUGAAGAUGUGGUGAGGUGUGUGGAAAAGAAGCCCACAGCGUUGCCUAAAGCAUUGCAGCAUGCCGAUGAGAGGGAUUACAAUUCAAACGACUUGGCUGAUAGUAGUGGUAGUGCAGGAACUUCUGAGAGGGGACAGAUAAAUUUUGAGGAGGGGCAGAGGCAUCAGAAGCAGCGUGCUGCCUCACUCGGGUCAAUAAAGGAAUUCAAUUUCGACCAUGUAAACGGGUUGGAUUCGGAUAAACCAUGUAUCAACUCAAACUGGUGGGCCAAUGAGAAGGUUAUAGGCAAAGAAGAAGGACCUGGGCAAAACUGGUCCUUCUUUCCGGUGAUGCAGCCGGGUGUCAGCUAGCAGAUGUAAGUAUAAUGGGUGGUCCAAACCCGGUUUCCGAUGUAGUCAAUACACACAUAUAACACAGAUGAACACAUUAAAUUGUUGGUCCCCAAACUGAAAAGUUAUGUGGGGUGUAGUUUGAUGCUGACUGCAGAUAGAUGGAUCCUUAAAGGGUUAGAUUGAAUCCUUUUUUGGGUUCUUUAGAUUGAAUCUUAAGGGAUGAAGAAGAUGGGCGAUGUUUUGUUAGAAAAUAGGGUAUUGGGUUAAUAUAGUAUUUUCGAUUCUAUCAGAAAAACUAACCCUUUAGACUUUAGUCCAUAGUCCUUCAGGUCUUGUUUCUCUGUAUGCAUUCUGGAAUGUAUUAUACUCACAUAGUGGCAGUUAGCAAUGCUAGUACAGAUUUUCAAACUCU